UCCGACGAAGAAGAAAGCAUCAACAAGAUAUGCGAAACUUCAUGAGGACUGACACUUCGUUUCGAUCUUUUCACUAAGAGGGAUGGGAGUCCUACCAGGGAGAAACAUUUUAUGUAUACUUUUCUUCAUCAUACUCCUGUCAGAGGGACAUUUUCGAUGGGUUGAGGCCCAGCAUUGCGUGUGGUAUGGUGAGUGUGGGCCUUCUGAAAAGGUGCCCACAAAAAAAUAUAACUGCAACUACACUGGUCCUCCCCGCGCGCUGGAGACUGAGGGUUAUGAGCUUCUCACGGAGCUUUGUCCUGGAUACGACUAUGGAAACCGAAGCCUCUGCUGUAACACUGACCAGUUGCGCACUCUCAAAGGGAGUCUCCAGCUGCCCCUUCAGUUCCUGUCUCGGUGUCCUGCCUGUUUCUUCAACCUGAUGAACCUCUUCUGUGAGCUGACAUGCAGCCCCCACCAGGGUCAGUUUGUGAAUGCCACCGAGAUCAAUGGGACCAAUGUGAAGGAAGUGCAGUACUAUAUUGGACAGACAUUUACUAACGCCAUGUACAAUGCCUGCAAGGACGUCCAGGCACCAUCCAGCAACGUGAAGGCCUUAUCACUGCUGUGUGGGAAGGAUGCAUCUGCCUGCAAUGCCACCAACUGGAUCCAGUAUAUGUUCGAUAUUAACAAUGGACAAACUCCCUUUCCUAUCAUUCCAAUAUUCUCAGAUGUCCCGGUGUCUGGUUACACUCCCAUGAACAACAAGACUUAUGCCUGUACAGAGGGCCUGGAGGACGGUUCAGGUCCCUGCUCCUGUCAGGACUGCGCAAAGGCCUGUGGCCCCAAACCUGUACCGCCCCCUCUCCCUCCUCCCUGGACAAUCCUUGGUAUCGAUGCCAUGACUGUCAUCAUGUGGAUCUCUUACACUGCCUUCUUGCUUAUCUUUGUCGGAGCUGUCCUGGGGGCUUGGUGUUACAGGAAACGGACCAUCAUGUCUGAGUAUGGCCCCAUAUUGGACAGUAAUAACCCACUGUCUCUCAACAGUGAUAAUCCAGACCAAGUGAAUGCAUCAUGCUGUGAAAAGUUAGGCGAACAAUUCGAGAAUGCUCUGCGGAUCCUCUUCAGCUCCUGGGGUUCCUUCUGUGUGCUGCAUCCCUCUGUGGUCAUACUGGGCAGCCUGAUACUUGUGGUCGCCGCCUCUGGUGGCCUGGUCUACAUGCGCAUCACCACAGACCCAGUUGAGCUGUGGUCGGCUCCCACCAGCCAGGCUCGUCAAGAGAAGGACUACUUUGACAGCCACUUUGGACCCUUCUUUAGAAAUGUGCAGCUCAUCAUAACCACUCCACUCAAUGAAACGUUCAUCUACUCCCCAUACUUUGGAGGAUCUGAUGUGCCAUUUGGAGCCAUACUGGACAAAGACAUCCUGCACCAGGUGCUGGAUCUGCAGCUUGACAUCGAAAGCAUUGUAGCCACAUACGAGGGCGAAAACGUCACCCUGAAGGACAUCUGCUUGGCUCCACUGGCCCCGUAUAAUAGCAACUGUACCAUCUUGAGUGUCCUCAACUACUUUCAGAACAGCCAUGCUGUGCUGGACCACAGCAUAGGAGACGAUUUCUUUGUCUACGCUGACUAUCACAGCCACUUCCUCUACUGUGUCAGCGCACCAGCAUCCCUCAAUGACACCACACUCCUCCACGACCCGUGUUUAGGCACCUUUGGUGGCCCUGUCUUCCCAUGGCUGGCCCUCGGGGGUUACGAUGAAACCAACUACAACAAUGCCACUGCGCUAGUGAUCACCUUCCCACUCAACAACUACCUGAACGACUCAGCCCGGCUCGGCAAAGCUCUGGCGUGGGAGAAGGAAUUCAUCAGCUUCAUGAAGAACUUCAAAAACCACAACCUGACCAUAGCCUUUAGUGCCGAGAGGAGUAUUGAAGAUGAAAUAGACAGAGAGAGCGAAAGUGACAUCAGCACCGUCAUUUUCAGUUAUGCCAUUAUGUUCAUCUACAUCUCCUUGGCCCUCGGUCACAUCCACAGCUUCGGGAGAGUGAUGGUGGACUCAAAGAUUUCUCUGGGUAUAGCAGGUAUCCUGAUUGUGCUCAGCUCUGUGUCCUCCUCACUGGGGAUCUUCAGCUAUUUUGGCGUGCCCCUCACCCUCAUUGUGAUUGAGGUCAUUCCUUUCCUGGUGCUGGCUGUUGGAGUGGACAACAUGUUUAUCAUAGUACAGACAUAUCAGAGGGAUGAGCGGAUACCCCACGAGGAACUUCACCAGCAGAUUGGUCGUAUUCUUGGAGACGUAGCCCCCAGCAUGUUCCUCUCCUCCUUCUCAGAGACAGUGGCCUUCUUUCUGGGAGCCCUGUCCAACAUGCCCGCAGUGAGGACAUUCUCUCUGUUUGCUGGCUUGGCUGUUUUUAUUGAUUUCCUGUUGCAGAUCAGUUGCUUUGUCAGCUUGCUCGGCUUGGACGCCAGACGACAGGAGGCGAAUCGAUUUGACAUCUGUUGCUGUGUGAAGCUCUUGGACGACCAGGAAACAAAGACGGACAGCCUGCUGUUCCGUUUUUUCAAGAAAAUCUUUGCCCCAUUCAUCCUCAAAGAGUGGAUGAGACCGAUCAUAGUGGCGGUGUUUGUAGGAAUCCUCUCCUUCAGUAUUGCUGUGGUGAACAAAGUAGAGAUCGGGCUGGACCAGAAACUCUCCAUGCCUGAUGACUCGUAUGUGCUGGACUACUUCAAGAACCUGAGCAUGUAUCUCCACACCGGAGCUCCAGUGUACUUUGUGGUAGAGGACGGUUUGAACUACAGCACUCCAGAGGGCCAGAAUGUUUUGUGUGGAGGAGUGGGCUGCAACAAUGACUCUCUAGUCCAGCAGGUCUACGCCGCCUCACUCAUCAGCAACUAUACAACCAUAGCUUUCACGCCGUCCUCUUGGCUCGACGACUACUUUGACUGGGUGAAACCGCAGUCCACCUGCUGUCGAUACUACAACGCCACGGGGGCUUUCUGCAAUGCCUCGGUGGUAGAUCCCUCUUGUCUACACUGUCGGCCUUUGACUCCCAGUGGAAAGCAGCGGCCAGAGGGAGAGGACUUCAUGCGGUUUCUGCCCAUGUUUCUGUCAGACAAUCCAAACAUCAAGUGCGGAAAAGGCGGCCAUGCAGCCUACGCCACAGCAGUCGAUCUGUAUCCCAACAACAUGGGGGUGGGAGCCACUUACUUCAUGACUUACCACACCAUCAUGAAAGAAUCCCCAGACUACAUACACGCUUUGAAAAUGGCCCGAAUCCUGGCGGAAAAUAUCAGUCAGGCCGUGGACCACAAGGUGUUUGCCUACAGCGUCUUCUACGUGUUCUACGAGCAGUACCUCACCAUCGCGUACGACACAGCUCUGAACCUGAGCGUGUCGCUGGGGGCCAUAUUUGUGGUGACGACGGUGUUGUUGGGCUUCGAGCUGUGGUCAGCUGUGGUUGUGAGCAUUACCAUCGCCAUGAUCCUGGUCAACAUGUUCGGUGUCAUGUGGCUGUGGAACAUCAGCCUCAACGCAGUGUCCCUUGUGAACCUGGUCAUGUGCUGUGGUAUCUCGGUGGAGUUCUGCAGUCAUAUCGUACGAGCUUUUUCCAUCAGUGUGAAGAAGAACAGAGUGGAGCGGGCUGAGGAGGCCCUGGCUCACAUGGGCAGCUCUGUAUUCAGUGGGAUCACAUUAACAAAGUUCGGAGGCAUCCUAAUCCUGGCAUUUUCCAAGUCGCAGAUCUUCCGGGUCUUCUACUUCAGGAUGUACUUGGCCAUAGUCUUGCUCGGGGCCACGCACGGCCUCAUCUUCCUCCCUGUACUGCUCAGUUAUAUCGGUCCCUCAGUGAACAAGGCAAAGGUGUUUGCUGCUAACAAACGCUACGCUGGUACAGAAAGGGAACGCCUCCUCAACUACUAGCAGGCUGUUUGGGACCAUGAACAAUGAACUCUUUGUCUGAAAGGGACUGUGUGGGUGUGAGCGCAAGCCGUUUCUGUGAUUACUGACACGCUCAUCAUCAUCAUCAUCAUCGCCACUACUAUGCACGUGUUUAACUCAGGAAUAUACAUGGGAAGAGGAGUGCCAGAGGCCUUGUCCGACUGCAAGCUCAUAGAUUUUCCUCAGAAGACUUUGGACCCCCCGCCAUUCCUCCUCCUCACACUACAGAACAAGCCCGACUGCAGCGUUAGAAACAUGAGUGACAUACCACUGAGACAAAACGCCACUUUGACAGUGUGGAAGUAGGAGAAACACCACCCCCAGCAUCAGUUUACAGACAGACUCUCAGUUUCAUAUGCUAUGAGCAAUUCUGAUUUGGGAAAACUCAAAAGGGUAAAACUGGUCAGUUUUUUCAUGUUUUUUAAAUAUAUACCAGGAAAAAAAUGUGUGAAAGGAAAUUAUUUUGAAACGUUUACUUACGUGGGACUUUUGUAGAACUCUUUGAUAUGAUGAAUCAUCUAUUGACUGGAACAUGGCACACAGAUAACAAUAAUGAUAUCAUGGGCCCUCAUAAUACCUGGCAUUAACAUGAAUCACAUCCGGGGGGGUGUCUGCACACUGUACUGUAAAACAGGCCGGCUAGUGCUACCAUUUUCACCUAGCAAUAAUGCAUCUCCUGUGAGGCAGUAAUGUCUCAACUUCUGCAAACUGGAUUUGAAAUAUUUGAAGUUUAAGUGCUGUCUUUCAGCUCAAAGGAUUGUUGGGUGUGUUUACACCCAUGUUGGGAGAUGAGACGAGGAAUUGAAGCCGCUUUUACUUUUGGGAGUAUACAUAUAAUUCCUCUACGAUUUCUACUUGACUGUGCAUGUUGAUAACCUCAGAGCUGAAACCUCACAGUCAUUGUUUCAUUCAAAAAUCAGAAUACAAAACAAAACAGUGCAAGUACACGUGCACACUAAACUCUUAAGUGUUGUUGCUCUCUGAACUGCAUCCUGCCUUGACUUUUAUUUCCACAUUGGAAACUAAUUACACGAUCCGGUGCAACAUUUCAUUUUAGAGCUAAAUAAUGUAUCUUAAAGUGUCCUUUUGAAGUGUUUGCAUGACUAGAUUGUUCGUCCCCUUUGGGUGCUUUUACAAAACAAAACAAAAAGCCCUGAGGAUACGUGUUGAUGCCAGGUGUAAAGGGCGCCGUAAUGCUAAUAACGGUUUUACACUGAGGUGUAAAUGAGACAUUUUGCAGUUACUGAACAGAACAUUUGUUGCAUUAAGAGACUAAGUUUUACAUUGAAUUGUAAAUAGCUUACACAGGACUCAUUUGAUUUAUUCCUUUGUCAUCUAGAAUACUGUAGAAUAACUGGAUAAUGGUACAGUCCUGAGAUUUUCAUUCCACAUUUAAGUUAUUAUUUUUAUUUUGUUAACUAUUAAAAUUUUGUAACCAUGCAUAGCUGUCUUAAAAACCCCUUCUAGUGACGUUGCAAGCAAAUAAAUCACUUUGCUUUCAAGGAAAUCCAAAAAAGAAGCAGGACAGUGUUCACUUGCAUCACCUGCACCUCAGCAUGUGGUCGAGAUGAUCACUCACCAGGCGGUGUGCUCCCACUGCUUUCAUUUGAAUCAGGUUGUGACAUCAGUGGAAGAGGAUGUUAACAUUUGUGUAUAAAAAGGAACGGUACCAUUCCUUGUUUUUAGUUUUUCGGUGUGAUUUGUUUCCCACAAUGCAGUAUUUUAUUGUAUUUUUUGGUUGUAAGACAGAAUUAUGUCGAUGAACAACUUAAUCCUGGGUGUGAGAAAUGUUUGACCAACAGACUGACAGAGUUGUAACAUGAAUAACAGAGAAUUGUGCUUGUUAACAGUGCUGUGCAUUGACGUGGACAAAUCAUCCCUGACGCUGAAGAAUAUGACUGUAGGAAAAGAGACUAAGCCAAGCAAUGGAAGACUUUAGUUUUUAACAAUUUUAACACAUUAAAUGGUUCGCAGAAAAGUGU